AUGAACCGCUCAAUCUUCCACACAGCAUCGCGUCACCUUCGAUCGGCAAAUCGCCUAUAUAGGGCACCGGCGGUCUCCCGGAAUACUUCGGUGCGAGCAUAUUCGACAGUGUUUAACUGGGAGGAUCCCCUCGCCGCGUCGGAACUGUAUACGGAAGAGGAAUUGGCGAUUCAGGACACAGCCCGACAAUACUGCCAAGAGCGAUUGCUUCCUCGUGUUCUCGAUGCCUAUAGAAAUGAAGACUAUGACCGUAAGAUCCUGGAGGAAAUGGGUGAGCUAGGCCUGCUGGGCGCGAGCAUUGAAGGAUAUGGAUGCGCCGGUGCGAGUACGGUUGCCUCGGGGUUGAUCACGAAAGAAGUCGAACGGGUGGACUCGGGAUAUCGAUCGGGAAUGUCUGUGCAGAGCUCGCUGGCGAUGACGGGUAUCUACGAGUUCGGCACUCAGGAGCAAAAGGAUCGAUUCCUACCGCAACUGGCCAAGGGAAAACUGGCGGGCUGCUUUGGUCUUACAGAACCCAACCACGGCUCCGACCCGGGGUCGAUGGAGACGAUUGCGCGCGAACACCCGACCAAGAAGGGAUACUACUUGUUGUCCGGAGCUAAGACAUGGAUCACCAACUCCCCCAUCGCGGAUAUCAUGUUGGUUUGGGCCAAGUUGCAGACGACCGGCAAGAUCAAGGGGUUCAUCGUCGAGCGUAGCCAGUGCCCACCCGGCACGCUGCAAACGCCGGCGAUCAAGAACAAGACCGCUCUGCGCGCAUCGAUCACGGGCAUGAUCCAGAUGGACGACUGCCCUGUGCCCGCGGAGAACAUGUUUCCGGACGUCGAAGGCCUCAAGGGCCCUUUCACCUGCCUGAACAGUGCCCGAUUGGGCAUUGCGUUCGGUACCAUGGGCGCUCUGGAGGACUGCAUCGACCGUGCCCGCACUUACGCACUGGAGCGGAAGCAGUUCAAGGGCAAUCCGCUGGCGAAGUACCAGCUCAUCCAAAAGAAAUUAGCCGAUGCAGCCACUGAUGCGGCAUAUGGAACGUUGGCUGCCACUCAGGUCGCCCGGCUCAAGGACGCGGGUAAGAGCACUCCCGAGAUGAUCUCCAUGGUCAAGAGGCAGAACUGUGAUCGAGCUCUAGCGAAUGCACGGCUGCUCCAGGAGAUUUUCGGUGGUAAUGCAACCAGCGACGAAUACCAUAUUGGACGACACGUAGCCAAUCUAUUUGUGGUGCAGACCUACGAAGGACAGAGUGACAUUCACGCAUUGAUCCUGGGACGGGCCAUCACAGGAGUCCAGGCGUUUGUCUAA